AUGGGUCAGCAGCUCAAACACGAAGGCUUCAUCCAAUCUGCGCCACCUCCAUUUCCUUCCGCCAUAGAAUUUCCUCAGCCCCCUCCCGAUUCCCGCACUCCCUCCGGCCGCUCCCAACCCAAUUCAAGCCAAAGGCCUGAAGGGGAAACUAAGGAUUGUCUAACUGCCAGAAAGAUUCAGAAGGCUGACCGGGAGAAGUUGAGGAGGGAUCGACUGAACGAGCAGUUUCUUGAGUUGGGGAAUGUUUUAGAUCCAGACAGACCCAAAAAUGACAAAGCAACCAUUUUAGCUGAUACAAUUCAAGUGCUGAAGGAUUUGACAUCGGAAGUAGACAAACUUAAAGCUAAUUGUGCUUCACUAACCGAAGAGUCUCGCGAGUUGACACAUGAGAAAAAUGAUCUCAGAGAAGAGAAGGCAUCUCUUAAAUCUGACAUUGAGAACCUUAAUGCUCAGUAUCAGCAGAGACUCAGGGCUAUGUUCCCUUGGGGUGCUAUGGAUCACUCAGUUGUAAUGGCCCCACCUUCAUAUCCAUAUCCAAUGCCAAUGCCAAUGCCAAUGCCUCCAGGUCCAAUUCCCAUGCAUCCACAUAUGCAGCCAUACCAUUAUUUCCCAAAUCAGAAUCCUGGGGUCAUUCCUAACCCCUGUUCAACUUUUGUUCCAUAUGUUACUCCUAAUACUCUGGUUGAACAGCAGUCCACCCAAUAUGUAUCGCCAGUAGUGCAUCCAGGAAGUCGGUCUCGUGUUUCAGGCAAACAAGAUUCCAGGAACAAAUUAUCUGGGGAGAGUAAAAUUGACAGAAGUGAGGAUUCAAAUGAUGUUAUGACAGAACUAGAAUUGAAAACUCCUGGAUCUAUGACUGAUCAGGAUUUAUCAUCAGUACGAAGAAAAUCUCAGAAGUCAGCGAGGAAGGAAAUCAAGGUUACAGAAGGGAGUUCUUCAAGCAGAUGUUCUUCUUCUCGUAGUGUACAGGAUAGCUCAUCUAAUAGCGUAGUUGGUGGCACAAAAGCUGAUGACUAA